UUUUUUUCACCUCACACUAAUUUCGUGUGUAUCAAACAGAAAACUUAAAAAUAUCGCGAGUAUUGUAGCUCCGUAUUGUAAGAAUUAAAUUGAUCAGGUUUAGUUUUGAGUUGACUACCAACGCGAGCGGUCUUUGUGACGUUACCUGACAAUCAUUUAACACCUAAACUUCGAACGAACAAUUUUCUAAACUAAAAAAAAACUCUAUCAAAAUGAUGGAAAACGGUUACUCCAUGGAAUAUGGAGAUCAGUACAUGGAGCAGGAGGAGGAAUGGGAACGUGAAGGACUCCUAGAUCCAGCUUGGGAGAAGCAGCAAAAGAAGACAUUCACAGCCUGGUGUAACAGUCACUUACGAAAAGCUGGUACAGCUAUAGAUAAUAUAGAGGAUGACUUCCGCAAUGGACUCAAACUCAUGCUUCUGCUCGAAGUCAUAUCCGGCGAAACACUACCAAAGCCAGAUCGUGGCAAAAUGCGAUUUCACAAGAUUGCCAAUGUCAACAAGGCGCUCGAUUUCAUCGCCUCAAAAGGUGUAAAAUUAGUGUCCAUUGGUGCCGAAGAAAUCGUCGAUGGUAAUCUAAAAAUGACGCUCGGUAUGAUCUGGACGAUUAUUUUGCGUUUCGCCAUUCAGGACAUUUCUGUUGAAGAAAUGACAGCGAAAGAAGGUCUCUUGUUGUGGUGUCAACGCAAAACUGCUCCAUACAAGAAUGUUAAUGUACAAAAUUUCCAUCUCAGUUUCAAGGAUGGCUUAGCGUUCUGUGCAUUGAUCCAUCGUCACAGACCGGAUUUGAUCGAUUACGGACGGCUCUCAAAGGACAAUCCGUUGGAGAAUUUGAAUACAGCUUUCGAUGUUGCUGAAAAAUAUUUAGAUAUUCCAAGAAUGUUGGAUCCAGAAGAUUUGAUCAACACACCAAAACCAGACGAAAGAGCUAUCAUGACAUACGUGUCAUGUUAUUAUCAUGCGUUCCAAGGAGCCCAGCAGGUUGGACAUAUAACACACCCUCCACAACCUCAAUACCCCUACAAAUACUACAAUGCUGAAACUGCAGCAAACCGUAUCUGCAAAGUGUUGAAGGUCAACCAAGAGAAUGAACGCCUCAUGGAAGAGUAUGAACGAUUAGCUAGUGAUUUACUCGAGUGGAUCCGUCGCACCAUGCCAUGGUUAAACUCGCGUCAAACCGACAACUCCCUAGCUGGAGUUCAGAAGAAACUCGAAGAAUAUAGAACCUACCGCCGCAAGCACAAGCCACCACGCGUGGAACAAAAAGCCAAAUUGGAAACAAAUUUCAAUACGCUGCAAACGAAACUUCGUUUAUCCAACCGACCGGCCUAUAUGCCCACCGAAGGUAAAAUGGUGUCGGACAUUUCGAACUGCUGGAAGGGUCUAGAAUUGGCCGAAAAGGCAUUCGAAGAAUGGCUGUUGGCUGAAACGAUGCGUCUUGAGCGUUUGGAACAUUUGGCUCAGAAGUUUAAGCAUAAGGCCGAUACCCACGAAGAGUGGACCCGUGGAAAGGAAGAAAUGCUUCAAUCGCAAGACUUCCGUCAAUGUAAGUUAAAUGAAUUGAAGGCAUUGAAAAAGAAACACGAAGCAUUCGAAUCCGAUUUGGCUGCUCAUCAAGAUCGUGUUGAACAAAUCGCUGCCAUCGCUCAGGAAUUGAACACUCUUGAGUAUCACGAUUGUGCAUCGGUCAACUCCCGUUGCCAACGUAUCUGCGAUCAAUGGGACCGUUUGGGAGCUCUAACUCAACGCCGUCGUCAAGCUCUAGACGAUGCCGAACGUAUUCUCGAAAAAAUCGAUAUUCUCCAUUUGGAAUUCGCUAAACGCGCUGCUCCAUUCAAUAACUGGUUGGACGGAACACGCGAAGAUUUGGUGGACAUGUUCAUUGUUCACACAAUGGAAGAAAUUCAAGGUCUGAUGCAAGCUCAUGACCAAUUCAAGGCCACCCUUGGAGAAGCCGACAAAGAGUACAAUGUCAUUGUCGGACUCGUACGUGAAGUUGAAAGUAUUGUCAACCAAAACCAAAUCCCCGGUGGAUUGGAGAAUCCAUACACAUCAGUCAGUGCACAUGACUUGACCCGCAAAUGGUCGGAGGUGCGUACAUUGGUACCACAACGUGACCAGACAUUGGCCAACGAAUUACGUAAGCAACAGAACAACGAGAUGCUUCGUCGCCAAUUCGCUGAAAAGGCAAAUUCAGUGGGACCAUGGAUUGAACGACAAAUGGAUUCAGUUACGGCAAUUGGUAUGGGACUGCAAGGAUCGCUAGAAGAUCAACUACAUCGUCUCAAAGAAUACGAACAAGCCGUGUACGCCUACAAACCACACAUUGAAGAAUUGGAAAAGAUUCACCAGGCCGUUCAGGAAUCGAUGAUCUUCGAAAAUCGUUACACCCAGUACACCAUGGAAACGUUGCGUGUCGGAUGGGAACAGUUGCUCACUUCCAUCAACCGAAACAUCAACGAAGUCGAGAAUCAAAUUCUGACACGUGACUCGAAAGGCAUCACUCAGGAACAAUUAACGGAAUUCAGAUCCAGCUUCAAUCAUUUCGACAAAAAUCGAUCUGGCCGCUUGGCACCGGAAGAAUUCAAAUCGUGCUUAGUGUCAUUGGGAUAUUCAAUUGGCCGAGACAGACAAGGUGACAUGGACUUCCAACGCAUCUUGGCUGUGGUCGAUCCUAACUCAACCGGAUUUGUACACUUUGACGCUUUCUUAGACUUUAUGACACGCGAAAGUACCGACACCGAUACAGCAGAACAAGUCAUUGAUUCAUUUAGAAUUUUAGCUUCUGAUAAGCCAUUCAUUCUGCCCGACGAACUCCGACGUGAAUUGCCACCAGAUCAGGCUGAAUACUGUAUCCAAAGAAUGCCACCAUACAAAGGACCGAAUGGCAUACCCGGUGCUUUGGACUACAUGUCCUUCAGCACAGCACUGUACGGUGAAAGUGAUCUGUAAACAUUUUUUUUUGCAUAAGCGUCAACCUAUUUAACUAACCAAUUUAAAAAUUUUAAAAAUGAAACGGAAGGGAAAGGAAAACGAAACGUUUAAAUCUUAGCACAACCUCUAAUAAUCUCUGAAUCAAUCUGAAUCUGGAAAAAAUUAUCAAAUUAAAUCCUCAGUUUCAUACUAAUUUAUGAUUGACACAAUUUAAAUGUAAGAAGGGGAAAAGGAAAUUUUCUUCGAAAUUUUAUCGGAUAGCGGAGAAGAUCGUACCGAUCGUACUGGAAUAUUUUCCCAUCUGUCGAAACGAACAAUUUAAUUUUUUAUUCAGUCAUUGAAGCUUAUCGGUUCGUUCUCAUAUAGCUUCGAUUAGAAAAUAUUUCGAUGUUUUUUGCACGAAAAAAAGAAAGGAUUUUUCUGGUGAAUUGUCUAUGAAUCUUUCGGUUACUUAAUUUCACUUUCGUAGAUUUUUUAAUAGAACAUCAAGUGGUCAUACUGGUUGGUCACACACACACAUUGUUUCGUUGAGUUCAAUUGUAGUUUCUUUAUUAUCUCUCUCUCUCUCUCUCUUAACAUCGCAUGCGCAUAAAUUCGACCCAAACAAUUGUUGGGAAAAUUUGAAAAUCAAAUUUUUUUUUUUUGAAAAGAAAAAGAAAAAUGAAAAUGGAAAACAAAAACGUUCGCGUCGCGCCAUUACUAAGCCAAAAGCAUAAAAUUUAUCUUAAUUUUUAAGUUAAUUUUAUUUCCUUAUUUUUACGUAAAUAUUUUUUUUUAUUUUUUCUUUUGUUUUAAAUUUUAUUUUUUCUUCUUUUAUUUUUAACAUGAAGGUUUGAUAAAAGAGCGAAUUUAAUUUAAUUUAAUUAAUUUAAAGAACAUAAAUGGCAACAAACACACGAAAAAUAAAUAAUUAUUGAGUUACAGCUGAAUGUAGCUUCGCCCCCAACAUCAUUAUCCCACUUUUAAAAUCAACUUUUUUAUUUUUAUUUUUUUAUUUAUAAUUUUUUAUUUAGUUACAUUUCAAAGAGCAUAAAAUCCCGCUAGAAAUAUUUUAAUUUGAAAUUUUAAAAAAUUAAUUUACUGGAAAACUUUACACACAAUGUACAGUAAUAAUAUAUACAAUAAAUGGAUUAUGUUAUUCUUA